AUGAAGAGUCAUGUGAGAACAGGCAGCCAAAUAAAUCCGUUUCCUGUCUUUCGCAUUCUUCUCUCUACCCGCUUUCUCCUCCUCCUCCCUCCUACCCCUCUCUCCCAAUUCUCGGAGACCGCCUCAACACACAAGCAUAAGAGACGGAAGACGGAGUUAGGGAGAAGGGAGAAGGAGAAGGAGGAGGGCGAGGAGCAGGACUGUAAAGAGGUGGACAUUCCAUCCAAUUUUUACGCCAAAUCGGCCCAAUACUGGAGUGGUGUGGAUGCAACUAUAAGUGGAAUGCUGGGUGGUCUGAGUGAAGUCCAUGCACCCGAUAUUGCUGGCUCGAAGUCCAUCCUCGAUCGCUUCGGACCCAGUCUGCGAGAGUACGCGCUAGACUGCGGAGCUGGCAUUGGAAGAAUCACAAAAGACCUUCUGCUGCCCCACUUCACCACCGUGGAUAUGGUGGAAAUGAUGGAGAAGUUUCUCGAUGCCUCCACAGCCUACAUAGGUAGGCCCGACGUCGACCGUGUUGGCAACAAAUUCUGCUGUGCAUUGCAGCAUUUCACUCCCCCGCAAGGACGCUACGAUGUAAUUUGGGUGCAAUGGGUGAUCGGUUAUUUGACUCUGUCUGCAACGGUUGAGUUUCUGCGCCGUUGUGUGACAGGCCUGAGGUCCUGCGAUUGCGCAGCUACGGCUACAGCUGCAGUUCCAACGCGUCGAUCAGUGAUUGUGCUAAAGGAAACUGUGUUUUGGGGCGCGAAGUCCUAUUAUGAUAAGAGGGACAGCAGUUUCAUGCGAACACAUGAUGAGCUGUUGGAGGUAUUUCGGAAGGCGAAACUCCGUGUGCUGCUGGAUGAGAAGCAAACUAACUUGCCACGCCACAUUUGUCCAGUUUAUGCUUUUGUGCUAGUCCCUCAGGACGGCUAG